CACCGCACCGUGGUGCCCAGGCCUCGAGGCUCCGGGCCCGGCCUGUGGGACAUAGAGCAGAGUCUGGGGCUCAUUGUGAUUGGAAGGGGGCUUUCGGAAGGACUCAGGAAGCACAGCUCCGCCAAGAGCAGAGAUCCUCUCCCCACAAAUUUUACCAGAAGCGUACAGAAAGCCAUUGACAAAUAUGCCAGUGAGUCCCCCUCAUCCUUUUCAUCCAGUGGGAGCCGCACGCCCACGGAGGCCCACAAUUCAUGGCCUGGCUCUUCCACACAGAGUUCCACCACUGGAUUGUCCACAGAGAGGAGCUCAGUUUCUUCUUGGAGAGAUGAUGAAUUUGACAAAGUCAAUGCUCAGAAAGUCCGGCAGCUGUUUUGGGAGGUCGAGGAAAUGCUAUUCGAAGGGAAAGUGAGUCCCCAGACCCAGAAUCUUCUGGCCGAAUGCAGCGAGUGGGCAACGAGAUCCCUCCAUCUCAGGCUGUUAGGAAGACAACUCAUUCCGCCCAGUGAUGAAGGUUUUCGACACUUCCAGGGGAGCCUGCCUCGUUCUGCUACCCACGAACCUUUGCCUCCUGUUUCUGACCACAUCAGCAGUGUCAGAGAGCUGUGUAUCUCUGGCUCUCAGAUAGUCCCCGAGGCGCUCUCAGCCUCUACCCUGACAGAUUCUGAUGGCACAGAGCUGACUGACCCCACAUCAUGCUCAUCCCUGAAAGAAGAGGUGUACCACAUGGAUGGAAGCAUUGAAGAAUAUUUUGCUUUUGACAGAAAACAGGAUGGAGAUGAGCAUCUGGAACAAAACCCAACACUCCGUGACAGGAAGUGGCAUCGACACGGGCUUCCUCCCAUCUCCCCUCACGACUGUAUCAGAGAUGCUGUGGCAGCAGAAGUGUUCGAUCACGUUUGGAUCAAUGUGGUAGACAUACUGGAAGGUCUCAUUAGGAAAACCUGGGAAUCAGCACUCGCAGGCGAAAGAAAGCAUCAAGGAAAACCGAAAGCAGCAGAAAAUAGGACUCCACACACACUUGUGUCUCGUCUCAGCACUGACGUUUCCAGCGUCCCCCCAUCCCGAAGCUCUGAAACUCUCCACACGUCCUUGGCCUCCCACUUUAAUCCACCCCAGUUUUCUCAGCCCCAUCGCUUUUCCAGCAACUUCUACAGUGACUUGAGUGGUGUAAUGACGAUUCAAGCCAAACCGCUUCAGCAGAGACCCACUUAUUUUGCAGAUAAAACACAGAAUGAGCAGGAUGACAAACCGUCUGGUGGAGGGAUCGGUACAUCUUCACGUCACCGACUGGGCCGCAUCCCAGACUCUCGGGGCCCGCAGACUUCUGCCAAGAAAACACCAGUUCACAGGAGACUACCUUCAAUUGCUUCAGACCCACAGAGACUGAGAACCCCCACGGUCUAUAGUGAUGAAAUUCUGAGAGGAACCAAACUGCAAACUGGCCUUGACCACCUGCCCUCCUCAGCAGUUCCAACCUCCCGGAACCGGUUACCCCCGAUAGGCUCCGAGGCUGGGGAGCAGAAUACAGGAGCUUCCGGAUCCCGCCCUGUUUCUUACAGGGGAAGGCAUCCACAAAACCGUGUGCUCAGUGCAAUGCCUGAGAGCGUCGAACGGUCACCCCUUCGAGAAAGAACGAUUGUCCUGGAACAACUUUCAAGGCCCAGUACCACACAUACAUUCCGGUCAGACACACCAAGAAAAGGCUCCCUGACUCCCAUGGAAUUUGUUACUCACACUUGGACAGGUCAGAGUAUUUUGACAGGAAUUCAUGGUGAAAGGAGAGAAUCAAUUCCCAAGUUGUCCCCUGGCCUCUGUUCUCAGUAUCUACCUAAAUCUUAUCAGAGGACAACUCUGACUUCAAGAAAGAGGUUCCCAGUGGCAUCAUGAUAUCACUGCUCCGGAAUUAUGGACUUGCUAGAAUGUAUGAAGCCUUGGCCACAUCAUUUGUCACUGGAAAAGUCGAGGAACAAGUAUUACCUGGUGCAUCUACUCACCUCUCUGUCCGACAGCCAGAGAUGGUAGGGAACCGGAGAGAAACACAAGCGAAUAAGUAACUUGGUUGUGAACACUUGCCUUUGUACAGAGAGUAAAAGGUGAGCUCCCUAAGCCUGAUGGGAAGCUUGCCUGAGGCUCCUUGGACUCCAGAGCUCUGCUCAGAAGACCCUAGUUUGUCCCCAGAUUCUCUUUCUUCAUCGCUUGUACUUACAGCUGGUGUUCACACAAAGAUCAUGUGGGUGCGUUCUGUAAGAAUAUGCCAUUGUGUAACAUCUUGGUCUCAUUCUCUUAAUGAUGCUGUCAAAACUAAAUAGCAGUCAUAUUUGAGACUAUUUGUCCAUUUGAAAAAAUAGUCUUGUUCUCCUGCUCAUCAUGCUGACUUUAAAAAUAAUUACUGCAUAUGCAAUGUAUGAAGUGAUGGGUUUCGUGAUUGACAAGAUUUCUCGCAACUUUGUUACCACGUGAUACUUUGUUACCACGUGAUUAGUUGCGAGUAGUUGAGAAACGUCUUGCAAGUCAAUUGUGUUAAAACACUAUGGUAAACUAGUUUUCUGAGUCAAAUUUAGAGGGUGCAUUUAAAAGUAUCCCUUAUUUAAAGCUGAAUAUAAGCGAAAUCAAAAUCGUUUGCACACAGUCCUGACAUUAACAUUUCCAUUGGCGUGUUUGACACCUGGGCUGGGGGAAUUGGGGCAGCAGCAUCCUUGCUUCCUUCCAACCUAGCCUUUGCUCUGCCGUCACCUCUUCAACAGAGCCUCCCUGAGCCCUUGCUGAAAGCAGCAGUUCCCCCACCCUCUGCCCAUUCCCCACUUUGUAGUCUUCAGACCAUAUGUCCCUCUUGACUACUGGCAAGGCCCCUUUCUGGUAUCUAAUCCUGGCUCAUUUUCAUAUACGUGCAUUCCAAAUCAGCAUAAUCUCUUUUUAAAUUAGAUAUUUACACUGCAUCCACAUAAAUCUCUCUACCUAAAAUAAAUCUUACAUGCAUACACAUGUAUGUAUGCAUAUACCAUGCAAAUAUGAUAAAUGGUUUCAGCACAUUGGCUGUAAGAAGCGGGGACCAUUGUCUACUUAGAGAUGUUUGGAAGCUGGCCCAUCUGUAUAGAGCUGGAUCUGCUCUUUACAUCGAACGGCCAAGCAGAAGUGACUUUGGUGUCCCCUUCACUCCCUCCACUUAUUUACUGCAGCAGGAGAGAGAACGAACACCAGUCAAGUGUCUAUAUUGAGCCUUCCUUUCAGAUGGGCACGCUGAGCGCCACCUCCUCCGCCAAGGGAGUGUGCCAGACGUUCAGUUUCUCACUGCAAACAGACCAAAGCAUUUCAAGAAUUAUGUGACCCAUUUCUCACCAUAAGCUCUGGAGGCUCUUUGGAGAAAAUAUCAGUCUUAAUGCAACCGUUCUUUACACAGAGGGGUUUCUGGACGGAUGAGUGGCUGGAGUCCUGCCCUCCAGGCUCCUGGCUGGCUGCUCUGUGCUCCAUCAUUGCCGGUAGGGAAACCAUCCACUCUGCUCUCUCACCGUCCACUUCCUGUGAAUUCCUCGAUGCCAUCCAACCGUUUCUCUCUCAGCCCAAGGUUUACAAAGGGAGGUAGCUAAUAGGGCAUCUAAUAAGAUGACGAGUCUGAGAUAAAUUACUAUCUUAGAGCCAUGGAAGCCAUUGAAUAGUGCCCCCCCCACCAGUGUUUGUCUUCAGAGGUUUGAAGUUGGAAAUGUAUUAUCUAUAUCAGCAAGGACAAAGAGAACCAGGGACAGCUUUUAUCUUCCAGGCGUUUAAUUGAGGAGCAAAGGCACUGCUAGAGGGUGUCUAGACUCAGCGGCCUUACAGAUUCUAAGAGCAACCUUCUCCUGGAACUUAUUUCAUGCCUGUGUUAAGGGUAUUUUGUUUAUGGGUGAAAUGAGAUAUGUAAGUUAGUAAAUGAUGCUUGUGUGAGGACGGUACUGUUUAGACUGCAAAGGAAAAGUCAGGGGAGAGCUUCUACAAAAUUCUUCUUCCAUAAGUGAGUCUUAACUUAGGCUCUCUCUGAUAAAAAUUGAAAACAGGAAAUCACUCCUGAGGAAAAAAAUUUCAAAGGCGGGUUAGUGACUCCAUGAAUUAAAAUACCUUUAAUUUAUUCCAAACCAAAGAAAGGGUGAAAGAAUUUAAAAAUAAGUCAAGAAAUUAUACUAUUCUGUGGAAACCGGCUAGAUUAAUAAAGAAUAUAAAAGGAGCACGGAUCUUUAUGUUUGUGUUACUCUGAACUAGGAUGAAGUUUCGUUACUAAUUGCGAGGUUCACUUUUAACGCCAUAAGUCAUUUCAGUAUAUUUUUAUUAUCAUUGCUUUCUUAUAAUGAUGGAUGAUUGUUCAGUAAUUUUAAUCAUUUAAUUUUUAAUAAAAUGUAAAAUGUUAA